GGUGAAGGCGGGAAAGCUUUGAAAUCAUCAGAGUCGCAGCUCGCGCUUAUUGAAGACGUGAAAGAAGAGCAUUUUUCACAUUUCAAAAUGAGGAUUUGUAAGGGAGCAUUGGAUAAAGGUGGCCUUGUGGCUGUGAUCUUUUUCCUGCUGGGAAUGGGAACUUUGCUUCCAUGGAACUUCUUCAUAACUGCAAUGACGUAUUUUACCGACCGUUUGAAAAAUGGUAAUUCCACUCAGCCAGACUCGUAUAUGUUUAGUAACAACAGUGUGCUGCUAGCCCAGCUUCCCUUACUGCUAUUCACGCUCCUCAACUCCAUUCUAUACCAGCACAUUGCAGAAAAGAUCCGGAUUGCUGGCAGCAUGGUUGCUAUAUUACUUCUCUUCAUUCUCACAGCCAUUUUAGUGAAAGUUGAUAUGGACCGGGACCGUUUCUUUUCCAUUACCAUGGCAACCAUCUGGUUUAUUAACAUGUUUGGGGCCAUUCUGCAAGGUAGUCUUUUUGGUUUGGUCGGGAAACUUCCUCCGAGAUUCAGCUCCGUGUUCAUGAGUGGACAGGCAGUGGCGGGAAUCUUCUCUGGUCUUGCCAUGCUGUUUUCAAAUAUCUUUGAAACCAACCCUGAGAGCUCAGCCCUGGGAUAUUUCAUUACCCCCUGUGCCGCCACUCUACUGACUUUGUUUUGUUACCUCUUACUUCCACAUCUGAGAUUUGCCCAAACUUACUUGGAAAAAGUAUCCACUGAAACUGCAGAUGCAGUGAAGGAGCCAUCGGCAAAUGGUUCAGAGACUGUUAAAGUGAAGUUGAAUGAUCUUGGUCAUGAAUUCAAUGACAUCGGUGAAACGGAAGCUUGUGAAAAGCUGAAUGAGUUCAACCAUGAGCAAACUGAGAAGUCAACUGUGCCACAGGUCUUCAGAAAGAUUUGGGUAAUGGCAUUAUGCGUGACCUGCGUGUUUGCUGUCACUCUAUCCGUUUUCCCAGCGAUUACUAUAAAUACAAAACCCUCUGGCUUCUUUGAAGGCAAAAACAACAUCUUCGUACCUUUGUGCUCGUUCUUGGUCUUCAAUGUGAUGGACUGGAUCGGCAGGAGUCUGACUUCUUGUCUUCAGUGGCCUUCCAUGAAGAGUCGACUCUUUCCUAUUUUUGUACUAUCAAGAGUGGUUUUCAUUCCAGCCCUCAUGCUCUGCAAUGUCCAACCUCGCAACUAUUUGCCAGUCGUUUUCAACCAUGACAUGGCGUAUAUCAUCCUUAUGUCUUUGUUUGCCAUUUCAAAUGGAUAUUUAGCCUGCCUCUCCAUGAGCUAUGCCCCACAGCUGGUGAGGCCUAAAGAUGCUGAAACAGCAGGUGCUCUGAUGACCUUCUUCCUAGCUUUGGGACUCUCUUUAGGUGCUGCUUUCUCCUUUGGCCUUAAAAACUUACUCAGUGGAAAAUCCAACUAGCUGUGUAUGGUGUAAUCUCUUUACCCACCACCACAAACAUGUUUCAAGUGACUACUAUCUCAAGGUAUGGUUGUAAUUAUUUGCUCCAUUUCAUGCAUAUACCUUUGUCUGUGAAGGCUAAUGGUCAUGUUCAGUGCAUGUAAACGAAUAGCACUUCUGUUUAAAUUACUCAUUUUAGUUACGCACACAUACAUUGUUUAUGCUUAAUGUAGAUCAUGUACUUGGGGAUCUGCAGUCUGUGCAGAUGACAAGUGAUGUAUACUGAUGUAUAGCACUUUUAUCUAUGGAUUUGAAAAGUUUCAUGUAGGACAAAGGGAAACAAAUUUCGAGGCUGUAGAUGUUAAAUAUUCUGGGGGAUGUACUGUUGCAUUUCCAUAGGACUGUUCAUGUUUAACAUGUUUUAUGAUUUUUCUCCCUGCAUUUGAAUCAUAUUUUGUAUUUUCAUGUUAUUUAUAUUUGAAUUUCUUUUGGUCAUUUGUUUUUAAUUAGUGGUAUUUAUUUCUAUUGUCUUGUGUUUCCAGGAUUUUUAAAAUCAUUAUAAAAUUUUGGUAUUGUGUUGUUGUUGUUUUUUAAUUAGUUUUGAAAGGGAUGUAUUUCUUUUAAAGGAUCUGUCAACUGUUGUAUACUUUUAUAUUUGUUUGGAUGGGUUUAUACAGUU